AUUUACUAGAAACCACGAGGUCUUUGGAAAAUAUUACUGAAGUUUCUUAUUUCAUUGCUCUAAAAAGGACUCGCGCUGCAGAAAUGUCUCAGGACGACGACGUCGGAUUUUUAUUUAAAACAAUGACUUGACGUACACCCCGGCAACCAGCGUUAUGUGCACAAGCGUGCAAGAGUGUCAAAGCGUUUGAGGGGUGUUGAUUUCAUGAGUAGUGGGAGAUACUUGGAUAUUUGAGGGGUAUUAAUGCGUCAGAUCCGUAAUGGAGUAGAACAGACGCUUUCGUAUCGCAAAACACUUUGGACAGGGGAUAUCACAGUGAAACGAUGAGUAGUUCAUUUGAACGUGAUCCCAAAAAGCGAAGGGUGAAGCCUGUGGCUCCAGCUCAACAAUCUGUUUUGGACUUUGAUUUUGAAAGCUCUGAUGACAGUGACUUUAGGAUUGAAGAUCAUUGUGAAGAGUCAGAUGAUGAUUCUGUAGAUUCUAAUGAUCCUGGAAAAGAUGGCGAGGAAGAUGAUUCUGAGGAAUCAGAUGAUUCUUUGGAAGAUCCAUUGCUAGGUGGCAAAGGAAAUAGUGGAAUGACUGUAGGAGAUGUGAUAGAUCAGGCAAGACAACAGGCAUCGAAGGGUGGCCAAUUAGAUGAAAAGCUGACAAAAAUGCUAAUAUGCUGUGGCUGCCUUGGUGACAGAAGUGAUGAUAUUAAUGAAAUUGUGGAAUGUGAUGGCUGUGGUGUUACUGUUCAUGAAGGAUGUUACGGAGUAUCAGAUGUGGAAAGUUUCUCAAGUACAGACUCUCUAUGUCAGUCCGCUCCAUGGUUCUGUGAAGCCUGUAGCGCUGGUGUAGAUGAUCCGUCUUGUGAGCUAUGUCCAAACAAAGGUGGAAUUUUCAAAGAAACUGAUGUGGGUAAAUGGGUUCACUUAGUAUGUGCUCUCUAUGUACCUGGAGUAGCUUUCGGAGAGGUGGAUCGUCUGGCCAGUGUAACCCUCUUUGAAAUGGCAUAUAGUAAAUGGGGUGCUAAGCAAUGCUCUUUGUGUGAAGAUGCAAGGUACGCACGCACUGGUGUGUGUAUUGAAUGCGAUGCUGGAAUGUGCCAUACUUACUUUCAUGUUACUUGUGCGCAAAGGGAAGGUCUUUUAUCCGAGGCACACAGUGAGGAAGUGGAUCAAGCUGAUCCAUUUUAUGCACAUUGUAAACUGCAUUCGGAUAAAACACUGGUACGCAGAAGAAGACGCAAUUGGUUAGCAUUACAAUUUCGCGCACAGUACAGGCAAAAAUUGCUCAAGCAACCCGACCAUUUGGAUACAGAAGAACAACGUAGAAUUCAACGGAAACUUGCCAAGCAUAGGCACAAGUAUUUAGCGCACAAAGCAUCAAGACCACCUCCUUGGGUACCAACACAGAAAAUGCCUCGUUUACUAACAACGUCGGCCUCAGCUUGUCGACAAUUGGCAAAGAAAGCAGAAUUAAUGGGCGUUGAUACUGCUGCUCUAGAAGCUCAAGAGGCACAACUGGUAGCUCUGGUUGACGUCAGAAAAAAAUGGCACAUUCCCCCAGCAUUCAGUGUUGAAUUUAUUGGCUAUUAUCUAGACAGAAAUUUGCGUGUAGCCUCCAUGAAAAGACGACUGCAAGAGCAUCUUGACGUUAAUUCACAACUCUUGAAUGAACAGCAGAGACUUGACCGGAAAUACGAUGAAGUGAUGAAAGAUAAUGAGGAGCAAAUCAGGGUGAAUGUUACUCUGAAAGAAAAAAUUGAAUUAUAUCAUCAAGUACUUAGAGCGUCUGGUUAUGUUAAACCUUUGCCACUGGUUGCGGAUUUAGCCAAACCGAGAAUACCAACUACUCUUGGUACAGGAUUAGGAGUACCGACGGCAGCUGCAUUGAAAAUGGGUGUAGGAUUUCCACUUCCUGUAGGUAAAGGUGGUGAAGGUAUUCGCGAGGGUAGAGUAUUGAGCAGCCAGGCUCACGAUCAAAAUCAUAAAGGCGAACUGACAUUACGACAUCAAUGUGGAAUUUGUAGAGGAGCUACGAACCAGCAUUUACUAGCUAAAUGCGACACUUGUCAUCUUCACUACCAUCUAUCUUGUCUCAGUCCACCUUUAUCUCGUAUGCCUAAGAAGACAAAGCUAAUGGGCUGGCAAUGUUCUGAAUGCGAUAAGGAAUCAUCCGGUUCGGAAGUAGAACAUGUAGAUACGUCAGCGCCACGCAAGUUGAGGCACUGUAAGGAUGAAGCUAAUUUAACGCCAACGCCACCACAAGAAGUCCAAAUUCCUACAACACCUACCACACCUACCACUUCAAAGAAUUCAUCUACCAGUACUGGUAGUAUAAUUAACGUAACUGUUCCCGAUACUCCUACCACGCCGAAGUUAACUAUUAAACCUAUGGGUCUGCAACCACCAGAACCUGAACCAAUGCAGUUGGAUGAACCUGUGGUGAGUGAACUGUGUGUGAAUAAUAUACCUAUAACACCCAGAGAAGGUUCACCUCAGUAUAUGGUAGCUUCGGCUGAUGGUACCGAAUCUAUUCCACAGAGAAGUGGUAAGAAACGACGAAGGGAAAAACAUAAAAGAUAUACACCCGAUCCUAUUACUGGUGUGAAACAGAGAAAACGAAAACAUAAGAGAAAGAGUUUUGAUGUAGAGAAUCCAGAAACUCAAGGCCAACCAGAAAUUCAUAGAAGAAUAACUAUAAAGAUUAAACCAAUUCCUCGACCGGAAGGGGAAAUGGCAUCAGAAUCAAGUCCUCAAAUGUUUGUGGCUACAAGUACCAGUACUGAAAUUUCUCCACCACCACCUACACCAAAGCUUCCGCCACCUCUGCUUCCUCCACCUGUUCCAAGUGAGCCAGCUAUUCCUAGCAGUAGUACUAACCCUAGGUUAUCUUCGGGUAAUGGAAAGAAAGGCAAGGAAACUGAACUUCUCACACAAUGCAACGUUUGCGAUACUCCUGGAACUAUUCAGAAUCUAGUUAGGUGCGACGAAUGUAAGAAAUGUUACCAUUUUACCUGUUUGGAUCCUCCUGUUAAGAAGUCCCCAAAAAGAAGAGGGUACUCUUGGCACUGUGCAGACUGUGAUCCCAGUGCUUCAGAAUCUGAGAAUUAAUUCCGUCAAUUUUAAGUGUGCAACGACAGUUCUGCAUUCAAUAUCAGUGAGAUAUUGAAUGCCAACAUUUUUUUGUCUUUUUUUGUAACAUAUACAAAGAAAUGGAGGAAAUUGAUCCCUCUCAAUGAGAACGUGAAUACAUAAGAUUCGUACUGUAAUUUCACUGGUUUAUAUAAAAUCUAAUGUAUUAUUGCAAGGUAUUAUCCGAAUAACUUGUCAAAGUGAAAUUUCGAUACUGGUCUUCUGUAUUGUUCGUAUAUAUAUUUUUGUUUUAUACCGUAGACGUACGAUACGUUACGAUACGAUAGCUGAUAACACACUGUUUACUAUUCGCUAUCUACGUGCUAAUUAUAAUUAUACGUUAGUGAGCGGGUGUAGAAAUGUAGAUAUAAAACAAAAUUACCGUAAACAAUCUAGAUCCACGAAUAAAGUUUACAUACAUUUCCAGACGAGCUCACUAAGAAUGAUAUAACUACAAUUUUACGCACAUAGCGAAUAGUAUUUUCACAUAUUGUGCUGUAUGUGAUUCAUGUGUUUUGCGUAUUAAAAAAAUGCACCCUUAGAUCAUGCUCACACGUAUGUCUCUGAUCAAUGAGGGACUUGUACAUUUUAUUUAGACGUAUUAUUAAAGGAUGUUUAUGAUUUGCGAGAAGAACAGCGUAAUUACACGGACCAUUUAGUCGCUUAGUUUUAGGAAUUACGACGUAAAGACAAAAACCAGAUCUAAUAAGAAAUUCAAAGUGGCAUUUUUGGAAUUUUCGGUUUAUUGUAAUUAACAAAAUGCAAUUAAAACGUGUUUUAAUUUACGAAAUGA